AAAUUGCCUUCAAAACCUUGCCAUCUCCUUCCUACUCUCCGCCCAUGCCAUACCAUUACCACCGCCAAAAACUAUAAGUGUUGACUGAAAUUCGACGGAGUUUAUGUCGAUACGUCAAUGGAUACACCCAAUAUUUAUACAUAGUAGAUGGUGUUGUCAAUAUCCGUGGCAUAAAAGUCAACUUUUCCCAUUACAAAAUCAAUUAAUUUGUUCUUUAGGAAUCUGAUCCAUUUAUAGGCUACUCUGAAGAAGAAGACGACUGAAUAAUUGAGUGCUCUGAAGAGGAUGAUGAUGUAAUUUUCAGCACUGGGAUUGAGAUCCACCUGUUCCAAGUUCCCAUCUUGGUUUUUGUUGCCAUUUCAAUUGUCCAACAGCUAAGGAUGGCGGUUGCACACCAGGUGUUCGAUGAAAUGCCAAUAUCAACUGGUCGAUUUUUCUCUGCAUUUUUCAGGGAAAAUCAAUGGCUAUUAACUUUGCUAGUAAAGAGGAAGGCAGCUUUCGAAUCACAACAAACUCGGAAGGUUGGAAAUAUCCUAAGGUACCCGUUGAUGAAGUUUACAAUAGUACUCAUAACACUAUGAUGAAUUCUGAGUUUCUUUUUGGCCCUUCUCGUUGGUCAAAAGCUAAAAAACUAUUUAGGGUUUUCCCAAGCUAUUAUGUAAAAGAUUUUGAAAAAACCAUCGUACUGAAAGCAAAUGACCAGGAUGUAACCCUUAAAUUACUAAAAAGUCGUAAGAAGUUUCCAAAUAAUGGAUACGUGCACUUAGGUCUGGUUCAAAUAGCUAUUAAGCCACUCGUAAGUGAUAUUUUAGGAGAUCCAGAUCCAGAUCCAGUAAUUGUGUGCCUUAGAGAUGCUAGGUUCCUUACCCUCGAAAAUUCUUUGUUAUCAGUUGUGGAAUCAGAUCUAGCUCAGGGUCCUUUCUAUUUUAACCGUUGCCCUGGUUAUACAAUUCCUUGGAAAGAUCGUGAAAUCCUUACCUUAAACAUUAUGACGGGUGGAGUACCUUUGGCAUUGACAUACAGGGUAGUGUAUAAGGUAUCGAAGGAUAUAACCUUAGAUCUAAGGAAGUCCAUUCUGGGAGAAACAACUUAUUUUCAACCUAUGGCUACUACUCAAACUGAAAGCACUACUAAAUGGGAUGAGGUGCAAUUUCCAGAGUCGUGGGAUCGUGUGUAAACUUUAAGGUAUGUUGUUUCAAGUUUGAUUUCAGUUUCUGUAAAUCUCUUAGAAAGAUUGUGAAGGAUGGAUUAGUAGUUGGAAUUGGUGUGUUUGUUCAAUUGCAGCCCCUUUAAUUUGUGAUUUUGAGCAUGUUAUCUCAAAGAAUUUGUAAUUUUAAUUUUACAAUAGAACUGAAAUUGAUUGCAUUGUUUAGUAGAUUGGUAA